AUGAUGUUGAUCUGCUCAGCCUUCUGCAGCGCAACCGUGAUGAUCUCCCUCAGGAGGUCGUGGACGCCCUGCCGGUUGCGUGACCUUGGCCAGCGCAAGCUGAAGCUGCAGGAAGACAUUGACCUGGCCAAGGCAAACCUGAGGGCCCUGCUGACAAAGAUGCAGGAUUUGCAGACCUCCAUCCAGGAGGCACAGACUGAGGUCAAUAAAGCCACUCAGGAGUAUGAAACCAAGGUUCUCACGCAGUGCACUGAAGAGGCUAAUCAUGGAGUCGAGUCUGUGUUGCAGGCCCUGGGGAUUCAGGAAGAGGCCCUUACGGAGGCCCAAAAGCGCAGUCUCGAAGCUCUCAAGAGGGAAAACGCCGACGAAGCCAAGCGCCGCAAGACCCAGCAGCAGGAGCAAUUCCCGCCGGGAUUGACUCCUCAGCUGCGCUCGGCGGCCCCUGCCACUGAGGCCAACAAGGAAGCCGAAGACGCCAAAGGGCCGCCGAGCCAGCCGAUCAAGGAGCGCAGCCGGUUUUGCGUGACUUGGAAGUUUCGGAGCCUAGCGCAAGCCCUGACGCGUUUCCAGGGUGAGCAGGGGUCCGGUCGGCCGGGCUGGGGCUCCAUGCUCAACUUGAGUGCUUACAAAGCCCUACAUCCUGCCUGGAACCAGGUCAGCCUCGUGCCUUCAAGGGCCUUUCAUGCUGAAUCGGUGGCCCUCGCCAAGGCAGGCUACCAUGUCCAUGGCCAACACGCUAGGCACGUUCACACCUUCCAGGAUCCUGAUACGGGCAGCACUUUUGACGGCCGGGCCAAUACCUUGGUCCUGUCCAAUAUGUAUGCAGUGAUUGCCUCGCUUAAGCGCGCAGCCGAGCUGGACUAUGCAUUGGUCCACCCCCGCUUGGCCUCGCACCUCUCGCUUGAGCUUGCUUGGGAUGAUCUCCAGCCAAACUUGCGAGCCAUCACUGACUCUUUUGACCCUAUUCUGGAUGAUCAGCGCAAUUUGCAACCCCCGGUGAUUUCACCGCAGAGGGUCACUCUCUUGGAAAUCGAGGCUUGUGACCCCGUGUCCCUCGCCUUUGCAGAGUUCUCUGCCACCGCUGAGGCCUCAGGUUUGCUGGGUAAGACCACGGGCAUGGGGGUCAAUUUGCCGACGGUUCGCCAGCCGGCCGUGUCGCAACCCCCAAAUAAUUACCAGUGGUUUGGUUACGAGCACUCUGUCUGGUCUCAGCUUGCAGGCAGGUUCAAGGCUGGGGGGCCGCAAAAUGAAAUUCUUUCUCUGCUUUCUAAGCUCGGUCCCGAGCAUCAGCAAUGGGCAGACGAAGCCCGGGACACUGCUUCUAAUCAUCGUGGCGUCGCGGCCCUGAGGUCUCACGCCGAGGCACAGGCCAAACUUGCUAAGACUGCCCAGCAUGGGGAGCAGGCGGAGUCUUACCAACAAUGGUUGUUUGGCGCCUUGUCGGCAGGCAUGGGGCCGGUUUACCGCGCUCUUAAAAGCCACGAACAGACUCUUGCCCGUCCUUUUCGGGAUCAGUCGGCCCUUGCCCGGGCUUACUGUCGCAUGGAGUUCUGGAGCCGCAUCUGGGAUGCGUCAAUUGUCCCGCCCCAGGUUCACCUGUCAGAGCGCCUCGCCUUAAGGGCUGAGGCCCUGCAGCAGGCACAGGACCUUUCACCGUUGUCCUGGGAGCAAGUCAAGACAGCGUGCCUGGCCACAGGCAACAAGAAGGGAGGCCUUGAUGGUUGGUCGUAUAAGGCUUUGCGAAAACUCCCUGACUUUUGCUACCGACAGCUUGCUGGGCUUUUUCGCCUUGUUGAGACUGACCUUAAUUUGCCUCUUCAGAUGCUUACGGUGCAGGUCGCCCUUCUAGCAAAAACCCCAGAGAAAGAGCGUCCCAUAUCACUCACGUCGGUACUCUGGCGAGUGUACAGCAAGCUGAGACGCCCGCUCCUAGAGAGCUGGUUAAGGGAGUACGCUGCCUUUGCACCUUUCGACUCCGCCACCCCAGGACACACGUCCCUUGACCCAGCGCUCUCUCGCUUGAUCAAGGCAGAAGACCAUAAAUUUCGCAAAGUUACUUUCAUAACUUUGUUCGUUGAUCUUGAAGGAUUCUAUGAUGGGGUAGAUUUUUCUCCACUCAUUUCACAGGGCAAAGCUUUGUCAUUUCCACCUUUGCUUUUGGAGCUUAGUCUUCAGCUAUACAAUGGGCCUCGUUGUCUCCAUGGCGAGGGGGUCAGCACUGUUGCUUUGUGGCCUAAAAGGGGCAUCCUUCAGGGGUGCCCGUACGCACCCACGGUUGCAAAACUCACCACUCAUGCUCCGCUGCAGGGCAUUUCCAAGCACCGGGGUGUAAGUCAUGCUGAUUUAUGGCUUGAUGACAUCAGUGUUGAUGUGUCUCAUGCUGACCCGGAGGUUGCGGCCUCUCUUGCCCUGUCGGCCUCCAGGAAAUUGGAGGACCUACUUUCUGUUGAGAAGCUUCGCAUCAACAAAACCAAGACCAAAUUUGUUGUCAAUAGUGCCAAAGCGGCCAAAGCACUCAACAGUAUGCGUGUUGAAGGCGAUCCUCAGGUUGCCGACUUGGUUCGGGACCUUGGAAUCGACUCGGCAGGUGCUAAACGCCGAAGGGUCAGGAAUGCUUUGAAACGCUUCAAGAUCGGUCGCGCCCGCAACCAGAAACUUCACCAACUUGGCACGGGCGGCAAAGCCCAUAGGUUGUACGCCACCUCCAUUCUUACGGCUGAGAUCUAUGGUUGCCAGGGACAGGGCCUGUCUCCCAAAAGGCUCAAGGUCGUUCGCGCCUCCAUUUCCCGACAUGUUGGGCGGUCUAAGUGGGGUUCCGUAGACGUGUCUUUGGACUGUAUGUCCUUCCGCUGCCAAGACCCUUUGUUAACCGUUGUUCUUGCACAGGCUGACGCCUUGUACAAAAUGUUUGGCCCCUCCACGGCACAGGGCUGGGUAAUCUUAGCCCGCACAUGGAAGGUGGCCUGGACUCGCCAAGAGGCGGCCGUGCACGGCUGGAAGUGUGUUGCAGGCCCGGUUGCUGCCAUGGUUCAGUACUGUAUAGAUUUGCGCAUCAAUGUCAGUGAUCCUCUGCGCUGGGUUCAUAGCAGCGGGGUUCUUCAGUUAGAUGUCGCCAACCCAGGCCUUUUCCUGUCUGUUCGCCGCUUUCUUACUCAGGUUGUUGCACUUGAAAGGGCGUCACGUUUCGGUGCAGUUCCUACGGCCCAAGGUGCUCAGAAGGGAGUCGACUGGUCAGUCCACCGAAAGCUCUUGAAGGUUUCCAAGCCUUCAUCCCCGCGAUCGGCAUUUCACGCCGUUUGGCAGGGCCGCACCUUGCACUCUGGGCAUGGUACCAAAGGCUUGGACGACUCCACUGGUCUCAGCCUCAGCCUUGGAAACCAAGGCCCAGGGGAGAAAAGGAAGGAAGUUUCCCCGGUGAGGGAGCGUACGUCGGAGGUGGAUAGUGCCCCGCCUUCUUGGAGGCCCUUUGACUACGCUCCGGUUCCAAGGGACCAGACUCUGAGGGUCGUGGGGUUGGGGCCUGCACAGCCCAACCAGAAGCGCCCCACGACUUUGUGGCACUACAUGCCAAAGGAGCUCCUCUUCAUUUUUGAUCUGGGGGGCGACUGUCAACGCAAGGCUACGUGGUCACCAAGGCUGGGAAAAGGAAAGGACAGACUGGUGUACGUGGACCCAGUCAGCCCAGAUCAUGUUCUCAAAAUGGCCUAUCCUGAUGGUCAUGGACAGGAAGUGGCUAUCUCCUCUCGUUUCCCCGCGCUUUUCCCGAGGGUGGAAGAUAUGGGCUAUGUUCACAUAAAGCUGAACUGGCUGGACAGUGUCGACCAUUGCAGGCUCCACUGCCUGCGAUCCCAGAGGGUCACUCCUUUGAUGGAGUACUUGGGUGGUGCGCCGGCCUCCUUGGACCUGAUCUACACCUUGUUUUAUCUGGACCUGGGCUCUUACAACUGGGCGGUUUUCCCUCGUCGUGACAGUGAGGCACCCUACGUGUGCUUCGUGGACGCUGCAGACUGGGUGCACGCCCAACCAGAGAGUGUGGAGGCUCUACAACAGCUCACCAACAAUGCGUCUCCCACCUAUGUCAUGGAGUCGCUUCGGACCCUGAUCUCGCCGGAGUACCAGGUUCCCCUGAAGAGCCGGGGUCUCUGGACUUUCUGA